GGUAUGCCCCACCUUUCCUGAUUGCACAAUCAACCGUUCAUUUGCAUGCUGUAGUUUCCGUGCUGUACCGGAAAGUAACUAUCCGCACCUUGUUCUUCUUGUUCAAGACAUUCUUAAGCCCCAAAUACUCUCGGAAAUACUGACAGCAACUUCUACCUUGUCGUCUUAAGAGUCCAGUUUGCUUGACAAUCGCCAGGAGGCGUAGUCCAGGAUGGCGAUCUUACAGCGAAGCUGCUGCGGUUGCGGCUGUGACGUCAAAACAGGCUCUAUUGUGGUCGCAGCCAUCUGGAUCAUCUUAUCUCUGAUUGGACUGGGCUAUAACUCCCAUGCGGCGUGGGUAAACUCACUUUCAGGAUCCGUGUUACCAGCCAACGUCGCCCUCCUGAUCGUCUACAUCGUGACCCUCAUCAAUCAUAUCCUACUUAUCAUCGGAAUAGUCAAGGCAUGGCGCCCGCUGGUUCUGACCUGGGUGAUCGUCACUGUCGUCUGCACUGCGGCGGCCCUGGUCAUCUACAUCUAUGUGACGGUUGUAGACGUUGCAGGCAUCGCGGACAUUGCUGCCAGAGGCCAAGUCGUUAUAAACGUAGACCGUGUGAUAUACGCGCUGACUGUGGGCAUCGCACUCGUCUGGAUCUACUGGGGAGCACUCUUUAUCAUGACGGUGUACGGCUGUCUUGUGGUGUUUUCACAUUACCAGAACCUCUGUGACGCCAAAAUUGGACAGGGACAACUUCAGAUGGUGGGUUGGGGCAAUCAACCCAACAUGGCGGGCAACCAACCUAACAUGGCGGACAACCAACCCAACAUGGCGGACAAUCAAACUUCCAUAUUGGGCAACCAAGCCUAACAUGGCGGGCAUCCAACCUAACAUGGCGGGCAACAACCUAACAUGGCGGGCAACCAACCCAACAUCGCGGACAACCAACCCAACAUGGCGGACAAUCAAACUUCCAUAUUGGGCAACCAAGCCUAACCUGGUUACCAAACCUGUUUUUGCUCAUGAGUCUCGUUUGUCCUUUCCGCAAAUAGCACUAUUUUCUGGCCCAAAUUAUGACCUUUGGUUGACAACUAGGGUCGAUCUAUCGAUGUAGAUGUAGUUUGUACGUACGUGUCCAUAUAGGAGCAUGUUUGCAAGGCCAUGUUGAUUUGAUUAUAUGGAUGACAUCCUCUGAGAACCCCAAAACUGAUGCGAGGUGGGGAAAAAACUUUUUCCAAAAA